AGUCGAUAUAAAUCCAACUAGUGAUUUCGCCAAAAAGAAAAAAAUCAAAAAAAGAAAGAAAGAAAAGAAAAGAAGGCCAUUGCUGUUCUCUUCACUUGUCCGCAUUUAAUUCACUCAACAGCUUUCUUCAAUAUUUUUCCGGUUCUUAUUCUUCACUAAGCAAACCCCACCACCCCCCAUUCUCCAUUCCUCCUUAUCUCCAUGCCCUUCACAUCUCUCACAGAUCUCCAUCCAUGGCGGCCAUGUUCCGAUACCAGAAGCUGAAACCCGAGGCUGGUCUUGAUGUCGGGGCGGACACCGAUGAGCCACAUUAUCCGAUAAAGUUCAGGUCCAUCCCGCAGAGGUCAUCGUCAAGGAUCUGGGCGAGGGUCAGGAGGGUGCACGUCAGGAGGAGGGUGAGGCUCCGGGUCCCAGGGCUGAGGAGGUUCCUGAGGUGGAAGGCGAGGCUAGUGGCGGCGGCAGUCCGGAAAGUUGUGAGGAGGCUGAAGGAGGGCCAGGGCCAUUGGGGGGACCUCUUCGCCGGGAACUACCUCUUCCUGCAGGUCAAUCCGUCCUCCCCGGCGAUGAAGAAGUGCGCGGUCGACAGGUCCAAUAACCCUUCUUCGAGGUUCUCUGCCACUUAUUCUCCUCCCAGAUCAGUGGCCUAACUUGCAAACAAGGAGGAAGACAUAUCGAUCGUCUCCGGUCAUGCUCGGUAUACGAGGAGCGGAAGUCGUAUGGGAUGAUCCCCACUUUAUAUAUCGUUACGACGAUUCCGUUCAACGCGUUUACAUUUCUUCGAGCACAAUGCGAAAUUAUUUAGUAGUUCAUUUUGUAAUUCGACAGUGCUAAUGCAUGAUAUACAAUGCGUACACGUGUGUAUACACGUACGAAUACAUGCAUAUAUAAUUCUUGUAUGUACAUGCAUGAAUGUGCUGAUUAUAUCUAAUCUUUCUCUGAUUUUUUUUUUCA